CAUCCUUUCCAAAUCAUUGCAUUCUAUCCUCGCAACAUUUUAUUUCCAAUACUCCUUGUACCACAAAAACAAAAAAAAAAAAAGGCAAUGACUGAAUUUUUUGUUCCAAAGGUAAUAGAUGAACUGGGUGAUGUGGUCGUGAAGCAAGUUGGGGAGAAGGUCAACCUGGUGAGAGGGGUUGAAGAGGAGGUGGCAAAUAUCUCCUCUAACUUGGCAACCAUUGAAAAAGUGCUGCAUUAUGCAGAGAGACGAAGGCUGAAGGACAGAAGUGUUGGAAUUUGGCUAGAAAAGCUUGAGGACAUAACAUAUGAGAUGGAUGACACGCUGGACGAAUGGAGCUUCAAGAUUCGCAGAGCAAAGAAUGAGGGAACUCAACAGAAUGCCAGAUUGCAGGCAACAUUGUGGAGCAAGGUUCGUUCCUUCAUCCCAUCCCUUUGUUCUUGUCCUAAACAAGUUCCUGUUCGUAGUGAUAUAGCUGAGAAAAUAAAGAAAAUAAAUGAACUGCUAGAAUUAACUUUGAAAGAGGCAGAUCAAUUCAAGUUUAUUACAAGUGGGGGUAUUCCUGAUUCUCAAGAUUUUCAGCCAAUUAUGACUACCCCAAUCAUAGACGAAUCAGAGGUCUAUGGUCGAGAAUCUGAUAAGGUUGCUUUACUCGACCUAGUUUUGUCUAAGAGUAGCAGUCAAGGAAGAGAUGAUGGGGUUCAAACUAUCUCUGUAGUAGGGGCCGGUGGAAGUGGAAAGACCACACUUGCACAGUUACUCUUCAAUAAUAAUGAAGUGAAGAAUCACUUUGAUCUUAGAAAUUGGAUCUGCGUAUCGGAUCCUUUUGACCAGAAAAGGGUCGCGAAAGCUAUCCUUGACAAUGCUGGAAAUAGUUCUCAUGAAGCAGAGUUGGAUCUGUUGAUCCGACGUAUAAAAGAAACUUUUUCCGGUAAGAGAUUCCUGCUUGUCCUAGAUGAUGUCUGGACAGAGGAUGACUCAAAGUGGAAACCUUUCGAAUACUCUCUCAAGGAUGGGGCUCCUGGAAGUGUAAUCUUGGUAACAACAAGGAGUCUAGUAGUGGCCAGAGCGGUGGGAACAACUCAUACUCACCUGAUGGCCCUGAUGUCCGACUCUGAUUGUUGGCUAAUAAUGCAAAGGAUAGCAUUUGAUGGAAGAUCAGGGGACUUGUGCAAGAAGGUGGAAAGAAUUGGGCAGAAAAUUGCAGAAAAAUGCAAGGGGUUGCCACUUGCUGAGAAGACUAUGGGGAGCUUGUUACGGUUCAAAGAUACCGUACAAAAAUGGCAGGAUGUUUUGGACAGUGAGAUAUGGCAAUUGGAGGAAGCAGCCGUGGACCUUUUCCCUCAUUUGUAUUUAAGCUAUAACAAGUUGUCCCCGGAGCUGAAACGUUGCUUCUCCUAUUGUGCUGUCUUUCCCAAAGAUUAUGAGAUAAAUGUAGAAGAGCUUAUUAGGCUGUGGAUAGCACAAGGUUAUGUUCGCCCAAGACAAAGAGGUGAACGCUUGGAGCUAGUGGGCCUUGAGUACUUCAACAAUUUGGCAAUGCAUUCCUUUUUUCAAGAAAUACGAAAUGUUGAUGGGUUUCAUGAAUAUAUGCAGUGCAAGAUGCAUGCCAUAGUGCAUGGAUUUGCAAAAUUUCUUACAAAAAAUGAAUGUCAUGCACUUGGUGGAAUUGGAAGAAAUUCUUCCAGUGAAAGAGCACAUCAUCUAACAAUUUUGGAAGGCAUUGAGGAGGAGAUGUUUAGUUCUCGAGUCGUUGAUUUUGAAAGGCUCAGGAGCUUUUUAACUUUUCCUGAAAUUGGAAGAGUAGUAGUUCUCCAAAAUCUGUUCUACAGUUUGAAAUGCGCGAGGACUCUGGUUUUAUGUCAUUGUGGGCUAGCUGAAAUCCCACCCGAGAUCGGAAGUUUGAUUCAUCUUCGGCACUUGGACUUGAGUUAUAAUCGUUUCGUGACACUGCCAGAAGCUAUAUGUGAUCUAUAUUAUUUGGAAACUUUGGAUAUCAAUCAUUGUGAGCUAGCUGAAAUCCCACCCGAGAUCGGAAGUUUGAUUCAUCUUCGGCACUUGGACUUAAGUUAUAAUCAUUUCGUGACACUGCCAGAAGCUAUAUGUGAUCUGUAUUAUUUGGAAACUUUGGAUAUCAAUCAUUGUAUAAAGCUUUCGUGCCUUCCCCAAAGGAUUGAAGACCUUGUACACUUGAGACACCUUUUCAAUCAUGAGACAUUUGAAUUACGUCAAAUUCCACAAGGACUCGGGAAGCUGACGUCACUUUGUAGUUUGACUCGAUUCACCGUCAGGAGCGACUCUGAUGAUUUGGCAAUUUUGAAGGACCUGAACCAAUUGGAAAUAUUGCACAUUAGUAUUAAGGGAAAGGUAGAUUUUGGGAGUGCGGAACUCGGAAAGAAAAUCAACAUGAGCCAAAUGUCUUUGUUCUUUAGCUUGGGGACCCACUUCAUAGAAAAUCCAAGUUGCAUUGAAACCAUGGAACCACCUCCAAAUUUGCAACGACUUACGCUAAUUUGCUAUCCAGGAACCCAGUUACCAAGUUGGCUUGUGACGAAGUCUCGCGCCAAUGGGAAGCUAUCAUCCCUAGAAGAGCUUGUGCUCUGGAGAGCGGAAAAGAUGGAAUGUUUGGGUAAGGAAUUCUUCGGAGCUACAAAAGCACUGCAUGAGAGUAGUCAUGAUGCUCUUGAUACAUUAUCAAACUCCGAGUCAUCAUCCUCAGCUGAAGCAAUAGCAUUUCCAAAUUUGAGAAAAUUACAUUUUGAGUCCUUUCACAAUUGGACAAAUUGGGAAGACUUAAGUGAAGAUGAUGAAGAAGUUGCGGUCUCUAUCAUGCCACGCUUGGAGGAGCUAGAAAUUUGGUACUGUGAAAAGCUUGAAACCCUACCACAUCGCAUCGUCAGAAAGAUAUCAUCUCUCAAAAAUUUAAAUAUUCGGGGUUGUAACAAGUUGAGCGAUCGUUAUUCUGACAAAACAGGAGAUGACUGGAUAAAGAUAUCACAUAUCCCUCGAGUUCACAUAUCUGAUGAAUAGUAAUCUGCUCAGAUAAUACUCAUCGAUGGCUCAAAAUGAAGCUACAGCAUAAAGCAUUGGGGGAUCAACCAGGCUGCAACCUUACCAAUUUCCAGAUUGAAUUUCAAGUGGUUAUACAACCAAUCUUUAUUUCUUCAAAUUAUUAUUGUCCUAUUGUAUGUAAAUUUGUGCAGAUUUAAUAAAGAAGAAAGUUUGUACAUUGUGCCUA